CUUAUACAGUGAUCAGUUAUCUGAGUUUAUCAGAAGACAUCUCAUGUGUCUAAAGUCUGAUCUAUUAGCCGAUUCUGCAGAUGCAACCUCAAGCUCGCAUUCACUACUUGACGCUAAGAGGAGGUUAGCUGAGCAAGAUCUUACCACCCUGAAGAGCUCGUACAAGAUUCAUCAGCCAAUGACACCCCUCCAAUCGGGCGUUGAUCCCGAGGUCAAGAUGCGUGGGACGGAAGAGAUUUGGGGGCCCUCCGAUGUCCUUCCUUCUGCAACUCGAGCUCUGAGAUUGCAUCUAGAUGUCACUAUGAAAAGUGCAAUGCAGUUAGAAAUGGGAACACGUAAGGAGGAUGGCAAGUCCGACCUGGGGGACCCAGAGAUACAUGAUCUUGAAGAGUUACUUUCAGAGGUCAAAGGUCAUUUGGAGGCGUGCCAAACUUGUGUACAUGAAGCCGAGACAGCCCUUGCCAAACUAACAGGUCGAGUGGAGCCAGCAAAGCUCAAAGAACCUGUAAUGAGCAAGCCAGAGACUGGGCAAUUGAAAGCUGACAUACCAACACCCCAGCAUCUAGACUUCAUAUCACCCAAGGACUCGGAUAUUGACUUCAUUGAAGAGGAGGUGUUUGAGGCUUACAUUGAUCCAGAGAGAGAUGAUAACAUACCAGAUUACAGCAUGGAGGAUUUGAUUGAAGAAAGGAGAAAGAAGAAGCAAGAUUCUGAAGAUGCUAAACACAUGCUGAUGGAACUCAACUCGGUGCUGACCAAAAGAGAAGGGGAAAAAGAGAAGAUGAGAAGGGAGAGGAGAAGAAUGAAGGAAGGAGGUGAUUUAGUCAAAGAAACAGAAACACUUGGUGAACUGAGUGAAGGAGCGGUAGAUAGUACGAAUGACGACAAGACAAUUGGAGAUGGAAAGACAAACAUCCCUGUAACUUGUGAUGGUUCGUUGAGUGAGUUAGAGAGCGGUUUAACUGAUUUAGACCAUGAACGGACAUUAUCCCAUGAACAUCAUGAGCACAAUGAGAGGCAUAUAGGUAAAGCCAACCCUCAACAACUAUCAAAUGAUAUCAAUUGUACCGAGGACUCCUCAUCUGAAACAAAAUUACUAGAAGUCGCCGACAAUAGGGACGAUGAAAAUAUGAUGACCAAAGAAGUGAUGACCAAGUUCUUCGCCAUCAAAUGUCACAGAUUGGUUGCCAGGGUGUUGGUUCUUCUGGAAGUGGUGAAGGAUAUGAUGCCUCAGGUAUUGGAAGGAGUACAGAGACAACAAUAAGAAGGCCAGUUCCAAAGCCAAGAAAAAACAUCGGCAAAAGACUCAAUCCUUCAAGCGAUGGAAACGUGGCACCUCUUGGAUCGGACUCCAUUGCAGCUUCCCAUGAAAGUGGCCAAGCUUCUCUUGUAACGUCUGACCAGAACUAUUGUGAUCCUGAAGAGAAGAAGAGUUUGGACUCUAAAGGACAUGGUUCAGAGAGUGGAGAUAGAGAGGGGGUGUGUCAAUGGAGACAGCAGCCCAUGGCUAUACCAUUCAUGCAAGGGUUAGCAGCAGAAGCUGUCAGGAUAUCAAGAGAAAGGCAAUCACUGGCCGAAGAUACAUUUGGAGACUGAACGUUCUGUCCUCUUGCCAUGGAUGAUCAUUGACUUGAUUUCUUAAUUCAAUCAA